AUGACAAGUAAAAAUAAUAAUGAUAUCCCAACUAUUUUUGAAAUGUUGGUAGAAAAUUCAAAACAAUAUCCAAAUGAUGUUGCUGUUUUAUUUAAAGAACAGAAUAUCAGUUUAACUUGGAAACAGAUGGUUGAACAAGUAGAUCAUUUGGCAGCUGGAAUGUUCAAUUUAGGUUUAUCAAAAGGAGAUAGAGUUGCUAUUUGGAGUAGAAAUAGAGUAGAGAUGUUGUUAACUCAGUUGGCAUCUACUAGAUUGGGUAUCAUUUUGGUUUUCCUGAAUGAUCAUCUAAGUCUAGUGGAGUUUGAAAUGGUGUUAAAUAUAUAUUCUUGUAAAGCAUUAUUCAUUCAACCAACACAUUCACCAUACUACUUUCAAUAUCUCAAUAAUUGUCCUGGUAUGAUAAGAUUCAUCAGUGUUCUUUCAAUGGGAAUCAUGGCUCUCAAGAAAGGACUGGACAUUCAAGCUCUGGAAAAGGCUGUAUCGAUGAAAGACACCGUUUCAAUUGUAUUCAAAGGAUCGGAUGAAGAGAGAAAGACAGGUGCUCAACUAUCUCAAGAGAUGAUAGUAAACAAAGGAAUCUCUUUUGCCAAAGAGAAAUCUAUGAGUAGAAGCGAUAUCUUUUGCGUGGAUGUUCCUCUGUUUAACAUCUCUGGAAAUAUAUGUUCAGUUAUAUCUUGUAUUCAUGUUGGAUGUGCAAUGGUCUUCCCAGGUGAAAUCUCUUAUGCCCCUAAUACACUCAAAGUUCUGCAAGAUGAAAAGUGUACAAUACUCAACUCUACCAUUUCAGGUUACCAAAAUAUUAUGCUUCACCCACAGUUUAACCCAACAAAGUAUGAAUUUAAAGAGAAAUUCAAUUGUUAUUCAGAAUUGAUCAAAACUAAUUAG